GAGUCAUUUAUUUUCGAUGAGGACUCCCAUUGGUAUCGUUUGGGAGGUUUCGAUAACGAGAUCAAACUGAAGACUAAUUCAUAUAAAUAUCCCAUAAGUGGUGGUAAAAGAGUUGUUCGCAGGGAUGAGAAUAAUGUCGAGAAGUGGCAGAUGGAGGCCGGGAUGUACACCACGGCCUCAUCAGCCGUCAGACCAAUCAUUGCCACUUCGACCAGGAGUAAGUUGACACUAUUAGGAGAGCGACUGAAUCUGUUUGAUCGGCGGCGCUCCUGUUCCUCAACUGAGUCCAGUCGGAUCACAAAUAUGAGUCAAUUGAGCCAACAGUGUGGCGAUCGGCCAUAUCGUGCCAUACAUGCCGUGCCCACCGGCCUCUCCACACACCCGCUGCUACAGUACGGCUGUCGUCGAGGCUCAGGCACACUUUGCACCAUUGUCUAAUCUCUCUCCAACAUUGUCAUUGAAAUUCAU